ACGCGCAAUGAAAGGACAGGCUUGAAUCACGUGAUAUUACCACAGUCAUAUUGUCGGGACGUUACUGACCUGAACUGAAACUGUCGAUGUUGAAGUGAAACUUUGGUGAGGUGCCCAAAUUCAUGUCAUGGCCAUGUGGAUGAGGAUUUAUGGAACAGUUGUGUUUUUAUGCUAUCUGACUGUUCAAGGUGAAGAGGUAUGUGAGCCUGGAAAAUAUGGGGAUGGUUGUAGUCAAAAUUGUUCUCAAAACUGUCAUCCUCUUCCAAAUGGCAUAGUGCUCUGUGACAAAGAAACUGGAGAAUGCUUCGAAGGAUGCAAAGUGGGUGUGUACGGUGACCAGUGUGAUGAACCGUGCGGCAAACAUUGCCUAGGAAACAUCUGUAAUCAGUACAACGGACACUGUACUCUGGGAUGUAUAGAAAAUCACAUCGGCGUCUUCUGUGAGAUUUACAAUGGGAUUACCAUCGUCCAUCAAGGUACUACCUCUAGCAGUCACACAACCGUUACCCCAGGUGUGGUACCGACAUGCAGUUGCCAGGUCAUCAUUCAAGUUGUAACAGUACUUAACCUUAUCCUUGUGGGCGCAGUGGUUAUCUUCAUAUGGCGCAGAAGGAAGAGGAAGAAGAAGAAAAGUGGAUUAUACCUUGCAGAUGGGCAGGGAUUUCUCACAGGUAUGUCAAACACUGAAAAAUACUAUUAUCUCGUUUCAAAGCUACUCCAUCCAGGUUACAACACACACCAUUGUUCUGGGGUAAAGACUUCCGCUAUCUGCAGCAUCCGACAUUGCACAAUAAACACCACUCGCAGCAUCACCAAAGCCGGAAACGGUUGACAGUUUAAAGAAGAC